AUAUAUACGAGUUCAUUAACUUGAACAAACUGUGCGAUGGAUAUAAGUAUAAUAUUAGUGUUUCUUGGUGUCUUUCUGCUUUCUUAUUUCUUGACUAAAAAGAAACAGAAUCUUCCGCCUGGAUACUUCGGGAUCCCGUUUAUUGGAUCCUUAAGCUUACUUCGCAAAUUUCCGGGACGGAGACCUCACGUAGUACUUUACGAAGAGUCGAAACGUUUUGGACCAAUUUUCCGCUGGUAUAUUGGUCGGCAGAUGUUUGUAGGCCUUAACGGUUAUGACGUUAUCAAUGAAGCUCUGGUGAAGAAAGCAGAUGCAUUUAGUGACAGACCCACGUUUAUAAACGUUUUAAAUGCUGCAUUGCCAUCAAGCCCGGAUGAAAAAGGUGUACUAUUUUGCCAAUAUAACGCAGCAUGGAGAGAGAUGCGCAGGUUUUCACUUCACGCACUGCGAGAUUUCGGAGUUGGAAAAACCUCCAUAGAAGAGCAGAUCAUGGUUGAAACAGAGGCUGUGACGUCUAUUCUGCAAUCGCUAAAAGGAGAACCAACAGCCAUGGAUGCCAUUAUGCAGAAACUUGUUGGCAACGUUAUUUACAGUAUAAUCUUUGGGAAAAGAUAUGAAUAUGACGAUCCAAACUUCGAUAUGGUCAGGAGUCUGACGAAUGUAGCAGUUUCUGGAUCGGGAGCAGUCGGUAUUGCAAAUUUCCUGCCUGGGUUCAUUACUAGAAUACUUAACAAAGAGGAAGCGGAGAUAGAAAGAAAGAGGAAAGAGACGUUCAUUUCGAUAAGGAAAUACAUAUAUGAGCAGAUAGAUGAGCACGAAGCCACGUUUGAUGAAGACAACAUCCGGGACUUUGUAGAUAUAUAUCUAAAAACAUCAAGUCAAGCAGAUGGGAGCGUUAAAAAAUUCAUAACUAAGGGAAACAUGUUUCGGGUGAUAAUCGACCUGUUUCUGGCUGGAUCUGAAACUACCUCUAACACAUUAGACUGGGCUUUUCUGCUCAUGAUCGAGUUCCCCGAGGUUCAGAAGAAAUGUCAACAAGAAAUUGAAAAGGUUUUUGGAGACAAAUGCAUCGAGUACGCCGAACGUAACAAAUUGGUGUAUGUAAACGCAACUAUUAUGGAAAUCCAAAGAUAUUCUACUAUAGUGCCAUUGAAUGUUGUACAUUACACAAGUAAAGAUACAACACUGGCUGGUUACGACAUUCCGAAAGACACAAUGGUAGUUCCCUCUCUGUACUCUGUCAGUAUGGACGAAACGUACUUCCCAAAUCCAACAAAGUUCAUUCCAGAAAGGUUCAUAGACAAGGACGGAAAGAUGGUCAAGAAUGAAGCACUUAUUCCAUUUUCAGCAGGACCCCGGACAUGUCUCGGUGAACCACUGGCCCGGAUGGAGCUGUUUCUGGUCUUUGUAAAUCUCUUGCAAAGAUUUACAUUUACCAGAGAGAGGCCUGAUCAACCUCAUUCUUUGAACGCCAAGACAAACCAAAUUACCAAUGCACCAAAGCCGUAUAAACUGAAGGCUAUGAAAAGACAGUAACGCUGUUAUAGCAGUCGUUUCCGCAAACAUAGUUUAGUUUGACCCCAGAUCCAGUUAUGAACUUAGUGUAGGGAACAAUGUAAGGUGGUAAGCUUGAAUAUAAUUUUAAAGAAAACCUUACACCAUUAUAUUAUGUUCCAUAAUCAGUUUGGUUCUAUAUUUCGUUUCGGAAUAAAAAUGCUGCGGGUUAUGUUACAGUAAAAUGCAAGUGUCUGUUCUCUGUACCCUGGCCUAAUGUAUUUUUUAUGAUCUAGUUACAAUUUCCAACAUUUGCACCGAAUAAAGCAACAUUAACAUUAUCAGUCUGGUAUUAUGACUCAUUUCCUUAUGCGGUUUCAUACUUAAACCUGUUGGAUAUAUCUUUUACUUCCUAAACAUCCCAAGCUGAAAUUUCAAUAAUCCAUACAGACUGCAUAACGUCCGACUGUCCACCAUUAUUGUCCCAUGUUAUCAUUGAUUUUACACGGCGGUAUUUGAUAAGAUAACUUGUAAGUGAUAAAUCUUUUUGUCCCGUACAUGUCAGCAAGUACAUCAGUACAAUCUCAAAAAAGAUGCUUAGGAAGCAGAGAGAACAAUGAGUCUCCACUACCAGUUCGAAUUUGGAUUACUAUAGGCAUUACGGAACAUCGGUCAUUACGCCGGUAGACACUCCGAGGUUAUGGUACUGUAACGGUUUGAUUCUUUUGGUUACGUACUAGCAGGCUAUACCUCACAAUAAUUAAAAAAUCUCAACUCAGCAGGACUUAAUCCGGAACACUUUUUAGUAAAUAAGACAACGAUGCGGAGCAGAUCUACAACAUAAUUCUUAAACCUUUGUAGUAAACCCACUGGCACCAGAUCAGAAAGAAAAUGCC